AUGCUAUCGUUGGCGUGGGCUUCGUCCUCCGCCCCGUCUAACGUCGAGGGCCUCGACGAGAACGUGUUCAUCCCGGCCUGCCAACCAAGACGUCGCGACGCGGCGACAGACGGCUUCAAGUGGCAGAUCGGCUCCAUGUUCCGCGGCGAGCUCCCCGACCAGAGCACCGUGGCGGUGAAGCGGAUGAACGGGCUAGGCACGCAGGGCCAGCGCGAGUUCCUGACGGAGAUCGCCGUGAUCGGCAACAUCCAUGACGUGAACCUGGUGGCGCCAAGGAAUACCGUGGGAGACGUACCUCUGGAGUGGUACAAGGACGAGGAGCACAUUGGGUGUGACAUCGAUGGGAGGAAGAUCAAGAAACGUGAUAGGGAGGGGCGCAUUGAAGCCUACCUCAGGAAUGCAGAUGAUGCCAAGAAUUGGACAAAGAUCUAUGAUGAGUAUAAUGACGAGGAGGUUCAGAUUACAAAGGAUGAGGCUAAGAUAAUAGAUUAUGUUGAUUGGUUUGAAUAUGAGGAUAAAGGUCAUCCGCUUUCUAGUGCCCCUGAGCCAAAGAGGCAAUUUGUACCUUCAAAGUGGGAGCAGAAGAAGGUUGUUAAACUUGUAAGAGCCAUUCGUAAUGGAUGGAUAAAGUUUGACAAGCCCAAGGAGGAACGUAACUUGUAUCUAUUAUGGGGAGAUGAAACUGAUACAGCAGACAAUAAGCGGCAUGGCUUGAGCUACAUUCCUCCUCCUAAACCUAAGUUACCAGGUCAUGAAGAGUCAUAUAAUCCUUCCAUUGAAUACAUUCCUACACAAGAGGAAAUAGAUUCAUACCAGCUUAUGUAUGAGGAGGAUCGCCCAAAGUUCAUUCCGAAACGAUUUGAGUCCCUUCGAAGUGUACCUGCAUAUGAGAAGGCACUGAGGGAAGGUUUUGAUCGGUGUCUAGAUCUUUAUCUCUGCCCUAGAACCCGCAAAAAGCGUGUUUAUGAUCUCCAAAAAGCUCAGUUGGUAAAGAAGAUGGAGUCAGGUCUCCGCGAGAUUUCCUCCAUCUCGAUCCAUCCUGGUGGUGAUAAUGUUAUUGUCGGAAGCAAAGAUGGAAAACUAUGCUGGUUUGAUAGUACUCAUCUAUCUACCAGACCAUACAAGACUCUAAAGUAUGGUUCUUCUCUUAUUUCAAUCCCUUUUUGA